AUGGACUAUUCUGAUUCUGAUGAUGAUUCUCCAUCCUCUCCUCCUGGAUGGUCCUUGCCCAAUAGGUCCGCUGGCGCUUCAUCGUCCAACCCAUCCCCCGGCGGCUCAUCGUCCACUCCGUCCCCGGGCGAGUCCUCAUCAUCCUCCUCCACUGUCUUUCCAGACGGUCUUAGGGUUUUAGUUGUCGAUGAUGACCGAACAUGCUUAAACGUUGUUGAACAGAUGCUUACAAAAUGCAAAUACCAAGGUAUAGGUUUUAGAUUAUUAUAUUCUUCUUUUUUGCUUACAUUCGAAGAGGGAUUGCGACCUAUCUCUCUCAAAUCAUCUAAUCGUUUCUCACUUCCAGUUACGACCUGCGAUCAUCCACUGGUUGCUUUGUCCAUCCUUCGUGAGAGGAAAGGCGGGUUUGAUGUUGUCAUCACGGAUGUCCACAUGCCGGACAUGGAUGGAUUUAAGCUUCUUGAGAUCAUUGGUCUGGAAACGGACCUGCCGGUUGUUAUGAUGUCUGUUGAUUGCAAAGUGGAGGUCGCAAUGAAAGGGAUCGAAUAUGGUGCGUGCUACUAUCUCAUGAAGCCUUUAUGCAUGGACGAAGUCAAGAACGUAUGGCAGCAUGUUAUUCUGCGGAGGAGGAAGCCCGACGGAAAGGAAAAUGAGCAAGUUGGGAACGCCGAAGACAAUUCAUCAAGGAAUCCAUCGACAGAGGAUGUUCAAUAUGCAAACUCUGCAAAUGAAGAGAAUUCCAAAAAAUCAAAGAGGAGAAGAGAUGCUAAGGAUCAGACAGAUGAAGACGACGAUGAAGAUGAUUAUGCUGACAAUUCAGCCCAAAAGAAGCAACGCGUGAUAUGGAGUACAGAGCUCCAUAGAGAGUUCUUGAAAGCUGUUGAUAAGUUGGGCUAUGAUAAGGCCGUUCCAAAGAAAAUUCUCGAGAUCAUGAAGAUUCCAGGCAUUACAAGAGAAAAUAUAGCUAGCCAUUUACAGGUUCAAUCUCAAGCACUACUUUUGAAAUUCCGGCGGAUGCAGAAGUAUCGCAUAUUCCUACGACGAUUGAAUGAUAUAAACAGGCCUCCUCCACAAAGGUUGAAACCAAAUUUCGGGACAGUUCCUCCAAAUUCGAGCUACAAAUUCCGAAACCAAACCGGCAUCCCACAAUUCACAUGGAAAACAUCUAAUCCAGUGGGACCACAGCCAGGAUCAAUGGGCCAGAUGCAGAAUCUUAAUGGCCCAAUGACUAUGCAAGCCAUCAGCCCUAUGCAGUUUCCCAGUCAAGGUCAGAGCAGCAACCCAAUGGCUGGAUUGAACUUCGGGCAAUCGCCAACAAUGAAUGGACCGGAUAACUGGAACCAAGCACCGCCUGGCUUUGGCCCAACAAAGCAACCUCAUCUGAUUCAAUCAAAUACAGAUAAUUCAGGUCUUGGAAUGGCCCCAAUGCCACCAAACCCGGGGAGUUCAGGCCUUGGAAUGGACCCAACGAAACCAAAUAUAGAUAGUUCAGACCUUGGAAUGGGCCUAAUGCAAUCAAAUGUGGCAAGUUCAGACCUUGGAAUGGCCCUAAUGCAAUCAAAUAUGGCAAGUGCAGGCCUUGGAAUGGGCCCAAUACAACCAAACACUGGAAGUUCAGAGCUUGGAAUGGGUCCAAUGCAACCAAACGUUGCGAAUUCAGGCCUUGGAAUGGCCCCAAAUCUUAUGAGAAUGGGCUCAUCAUCACUUGGAGAUAUUUCAGUGGGUCCCAUGAGAGGCUAUGGUACAAUGCCGAUGGUCCAUCAGCAACAAGAAGGACGUUCUGGACUAUUUAGCAGCAGCCCACUUAGUAACUUUGGCGAUUUGAGUAUUCAAUGCCGCUAUGAUAAUCCAAGCACGGUAAAUGCCGGACUAUUCAGAGGAACUAGCCAAAUCCCCCCAAGCAAUUACACCGGACUUCGUAUGACAAGUACUGGAGGGUUGUAUGGAAUGACUCGAACUGGGCCGAUCUUUGAAGCAUCAAAGAGUAACAGUUCGGGCAGUGAUCUAUUGAGUGAGAUUAAGAAGGGCAAAAGGCUGGUCGUGAUGGACGAUAUGCUGAUCCCUGAAUUAAGUGCACUGAACUUUGGUUACAAUAAUCAUGGUGCGAGUUCUUCCAAUGGGAUUGGUGAUGCAAACCAGAAUGUGAGCAGGUUCGCCGAUGUGAUUCAAGGAGAAAACGGGCUUCCGAAUGGUAUCUAUUCGACGAAGGAUGGAGAUCCAUGGAAUGUUGUGAACAGUGAAGCACUCGGAGACAGCUCUCUUCUUGAUCACAAGUUCAGUGAUGAUAAUCUUAAUGAUUUGAUUUUCAAUCCGCUGGACGAUCCCGAUUUCUUCAUUCCUGACUUGGAUCUCAGCUCAUUUCAGAUGGACAUGGAUAACCUAUCUGAGUGA